AUACACAAAAGAAGGAAGAAGAACAUGAGCAUUGCCAGGAUUCAAAGAAAUAUAGGUCACUGAUACUCUUUGCCUUUGUCCAUAUUACGCCAUCAUGUGUAUAUUGUCUCAAGCAGACCUUAAAUCGCAUAGCUCAUCAGGGUGCUUCAAAGGGAGACUUGUCACGGAUACCUUCCUUUCUUCUAGGCUCAAACGUCUGUGGAUUUCAUUUCUGAACCGUAAGAUUCUUCGCAGCUCAACCCCGACAAGAAAGAAAAAGAAUAGUAGUUCCAUUUCUCUUGUUGAAGUAAAGAAAAGGUUCCGACAUUCUUUUCUUCAUCUACUAGCCAGAACAAUCAAGAUAAAUAUAAUAGAGCUUAUUGAGCUCCACCCAUUCAACUGCUUUCCAAUCAUCUAAACAGUCGAUUUUUCGAUCUCUUAUCUCAUAAAGAAUCUAUGGAUUUUGCAAGUCCUCUUUUAGGACUCGUCAAAGGGUUAUGGGGCUUGGCCAGCAAACCUUUGGGCCUCAUUUGUAAUCUUAAAGGUAAUGUCGACUCGUUGCUUUCCGAAACUGACAGCCUGAAGGCCGUGCGCAACGAUGUGAAGGCGAGGGUGGAACGUGAAGAAGAAGGAGGAGGUGCUCGGCGCACGAAUCAAGUGGUGAACUGGUUAGGCAAGGUGCAAGACUUUGAAGGUGGAGUAGAUCAAGUUCUUCAAGAAACCGGGGAACGUGACCAAAUCAAAUGUGUCAGUCAUUGUCUUCCACGAAACUGCUGGUCGAGCUAUAAAUUGGGAAAAAGAGUCGAUCAAUUGCUCAACGAAGCGAGAGAGCUCCGACAUGAGAAAGGAGAAUUCAGCGAUUUCACGUCACCGCUGCCUCCUCCUCCUCAGGUGUUCGAGAUGUCUAUAGACAAGACUGUGGGGCUUGAUCGUUCUCUUAAUGAAGUGUGGAAAUGGCUCGUGGACGAAAGAGAAGCAGGAGUGAUUGGGUUGUAUGGAACAGGCGGUGUGGGAAAGACCACUCUCAUGAAAAUGAUCAACGAGAAGCUUUCGCACGCAAAUCAUGGAUUCGAGGUCGUUAUUUGGGUGGUGGUGUCCCGACAAGUGAACGAAGAUAGUAUUCGAGAUGCCAUAAGGAAAAGGCUGAACAUUAAAGAUGAGAGCUGGAAAGCAUGGUCCCGGGAUGAGAGGGUCCAUCAUCUAUUGGAAGUUUUGACCCAGAAGAAGUUCGUGUUGUUGAUUGAUGAUGUAUGGGCGAGCCUGGACCUUUCCAAAAUCGGAGUUCCUUGUCCUGGUCUCGAGAACCGAUCCAAAGUAGUAUUCACAACUCGCUUGAAGCAAGUAUGCCACCAAAUGGGAGCUGGCGAAAUCUUCGAAGUACAGUGCUUGACGCCCGAAGAAGCCCUGGUAUUGUUCGAGAACAACGUUGGCAAAUCAACCGUAGAUUCUCAUCCAGAAAUUCCAAAACUUGCCAAGGACAUUGCGCAAGAGUGCAAAGGGUUGCCACUAGCCCUUAUUACUGUCGGGCGAGCCAUGACUGGCAUAGCCAAUCCCCGUGAGUGGAAACAUGCGCUGACAACGCUCAAGGAAAAUCCGCACAAGCUGACAGGUAUGGUGGAGGAAGUGUACCACAUACUAGAAUUAAGUUAUGAUAGAUUAAAUGACUUUACCCUUCAGCUUUGCUUCCUUUACUGUUGUCUCUUCCCUGAGGAUUACCACAUAAGACCGCACAACCUUAUUGGACUUUGGAUUGGAGAGGGCUUGCUAGGAGACACCGGUGAUGUAUACAGUUUGCAGAAUGAGGGAGAGCAUGUCUUGGGGAGGUUAAAUAGGGCUUGCCUAUUGGAGAGCGGGCUUGAUUCAAAUGGAGAGUACGUAAAGAUGCACGACGUCAUUCGUGACAUGGCGACUUGGAUUGCUCGUGACCGCGGGCACAAGGAGAACAAAUUGCUAGUGAUAGAGAACGUAGAAGACAUAUCCGAGGAGAUGAUCUCCAAAUGGAGGGAAGCGAAGAAAGUAUGUAUAUGGGGAAAAUGGAUUCAAAAUAUCAACCGAAUACCAUCUAAGUGUUCGCAGCUCAAAACUUUAUUUGUAAGGGAAACAGAAGUGACGUUCGUGCCAAGAGGCUUUUUCGACUCGAUGACGGCUCGUCUGGCGGUCUUGGACCUAUCCGACAAUAAACAUAUCGAGUCAUUCCCCAAAGGGAUUUGCAAUCUGAUCAAUCUAAGAUACUUGAACUUGUCGGCCACUCGUAUUCAUGAGUUGCCCAGGCAAAUCAAGAACUUGACUCGUUUACGGUGGUUGCUACUGGACAAUAUGUUGGAAAGAAACAUCCUUAUUCCGACAAGGGCAAUCACAAGCUUACCGUUAAAUGUGUUCAGCGUGUGGGAGUCUGAAAGAAAUAUGGGGGAACAUUGUUUAGUGAAGGAAGAAGAGAUGGUAGAGGAACUAGGGUGCACGCGACAUCUCACCGACUUAUCUAUCUGCGUGCGCGAGUCUUCCUCUGUCCAGAAAAUAUUCCAAUCCUCAAAUUUACGGAGACGCAUAAGGAGAGCGUGCAUUAAUAAUGAGAAUGGUAACUUGACUAGCAUUGUAAUAACUUACUCACCAGCAAGCACUGACGAUUUCUCGCAUUUAGAGACGCUUUAUUUACCUUCAUGUACAGAGCUGAGGGAGAUGAAGAUAACUCAAGGAAUAGGACGAGCGCCCAACUGCUCUUGCUUCCCCAAUCUCGUUGAAGUUAGGGUCUAUAGUUGCAAGCUUUCGGACUUGACCUGGCUCGUGCAUGCUCCGAAGCUCCGGGAACUGUGGGUCGCGUACUGCAAUUCAAUGGAGAGAAUCAUUGGGGAUGGAUUUGCAAGGGAGGAAUUAGCUGCUUCGGGACUGUUCUCACGUCUCGAAUCCCUACAUCUCUUUAAUCUUCCAAAACUAACGAGCAUUUGCGACCAAGCUCUAUUCUUUCCCCAGGGGGUAAGCUUCGACAUAUGGUACUGCCCUCGUCUCAGAAAGUUGCCGUUGGACUCGAGCAGCGCGAGGGGAAGCUUCGUGGUCGAGGGGGACAAAAGCUGGUGGGCCGAGUUUGAGUGGGACCCCACCGCCCGGGUCACUUUGCAGUUGGAUGUUGAGAGCCUCGUAGAAGAAAUGACAUUUGGAGAGGCAGCACGUAAAGUGAAAGAAGAUGAGUCCCAGUACUGGGCCAAGAUUGGAUUCCUACCUCGUGGGGGGCCGAGUGAGUGAGUGAGUGAGUUGAGGCUGAUAAGUUUAAUA